AUGGGUCUUUCUAUUGAUCGACAAGAAAGCAUUACAACAAAGGGAGAACCGGUGAAAAUGGUACCACUUGAAGGAGGUGAACUUGAGGAAACCCCGGUGACAAGAAAGCCGACAAGAAUGGAACUUCCAAGGAUCAUGCUCGACAAGUUCAAGCAAAAAAGACCCAGUUUCUCAUCGUACACAAGGAAUCGAGUGAAUAGUAAUGGGAAUUUGACCCCAAAAGAUUUGCGCAGUUCAACACCAGAUCUGAACAUCUCACCGACGAGCUCUCCGUUCUUCACCCAUGUUGGAUUUAUUGCAAUAGAUGAAGAAACUAAAGAAAAACCUUCAAAGGAUCAUCCACAACUCCCCGGUUUUACUUCAAUUGAUGAGCUUUCAAAACCAAAAAUCGAUUCAAAAAUGCAUCAUCAUCACCGAAUAGGUGCCCUUGACGACAUUGCGGAAGAAGAGUCACAAAAGAAUGACCCAGAAAAACAGAGAAAG